UUGUUGCUUUUGAAAAUGGCGGAACUCACGGAGGUCUUCGAGUUAGCAAAGCUAACAAUUUCUCGUAAUACGACCAUCCAGCCAAUUGAAAAUGAAAGAUGCACCAUAGUAUCGUCAAAAGAAAAUGGUUUCUUAAAGCUUGAUCUUGACAGUAGAAAAGCCACCCAGAGUUGGGCAAUCAGUAAAGGACAAAAUCUCUCAGCUCCUGCAGUGUUUAACUGUAAUUUACAAGAAUACUUUGCCGUUAUGAAUGAUAAGGAAUGGUUUUCAUGGAACCAUGAGCAUUACAGUUUGUCAGUGGCAAAAAUGGAAUUGCUGCAAAUAGGCAACCCUAUUGUCCAAAUGCAUCUGAUAUCAGAAGAUGGGUUACAAGAUGUAAUUCUACUAGAUAAAACUGGAAAAUCAUAUUUGAAGUCAAAGCUUGGUGACAGUACAGCCAAAGAAUCAAAUACCGAGGAUACUGCAGCAAUCUGCAAAAGAAGGUACUUAUGGAGCACUACCGUUGAUGCUGAGAGGUCAAAUGAUAUGAUGCUUUUUACAGUAACAGAAGAGUCCCAAACAUAUAAAUUAUCAAGUUUGCUUAUUGGAAAAGUGACAGAGGGUUUUGGAUUUCAAGAAUCCCAUGAAUUCAUCUUGGAGCCAAUGUUCAAGGGGUCCCACAUCCUUGCUUGCACUCUUCAGGGUAGAAGGCUUAUUGUUUUAUGGUCUGACAAUUCACUGUGUGCCUACUCAGUUCCACUCCAUCAAAAUGAAUCGCACCAGACCAUGUUCAAUAGAACUCUAAUUCGGAAGUUACCACAAGAAUUCAAAAUUUCAGGAAAAGGAAACCCAAAGCCGAAAAUUGGCACCAUUGACAAAGGACAUAUUUUCCUUGUGGCAAAAGUUGAAGUCGGCGAAAAGAAGCAAGGCGUUGUCAGUAUUCUGAAUACAAAAUAUGGCACAGAGCAAGCAAGGACAUCUUUUUCGCUUCACUACAAUCCGGAAUCUUCAAAGGAACAAGAGAUCUUGUCUGCCAUUUUUCAGUCUGGUCAUGUUGUUGUUGCACUCUCCACUUCCGUUAUUGCCUGUUCGUGUACUAUUGUCUCAUCAAGCCUUGCUGCGGUGAUGGGUAAAAUAAAAAGGUCUGAAACAGUUAUACAAUACGCAGAUGAAAAACCGAUAGUUGCUUCGAACAAGCUGAAAAGAAACAAGAAAGGAGAUGAUGGCAAGCAUUCAAUAGAAACAGAACAAAUGAAAUGUCUUGAAAAACUUGCUGAUGCCUCAAAAACACCAACUGUUGAAGACUUCAAUAGAGAGCUCAACGCGUUUUUGAAGAGGCUUCAUCUAAACGUUGUUCCAGAUGAACCGCACAGAAAAAAGAAAAAGAAAGAAAAAUCGAAAAGAAAAUAUUUGGUACCUGAAGUCUUUGUGCAAACAGUAAUCAAAAGAUGCAAAGAAGACGACAGUAUUUGGUCGACAAGAGUUCCAGUUCACCUCUUAGAGCUGCAAUGUGUACCUCCAAGUUUGUGCGCUGAUCUGAUAGCAGAAGCAACGAAGAAACAAUCAUUGGAUGUACUGGCAAAAUGUUUCGAUUGUAUUGAUGGUAUAAAUGAAAAAGAUAUAGUCAAGAGUAUUCAAUAUCUACUAAGUACGAAGGCCACCUCUGAGGACUGGAAGAAACCAAAUUUAUUGACAGGAGAGUUGGUCGACGACUUUGUAAGAAUCAACGAAGAAGCUUUUCAAAUUCUUAUCCAAAUUCUGAAUUACAGUUACAAUGAAUAUGCACUUCAAGAUAUGUUAAGAAUGCUCUCCAUUCAAGAAACAAAGGAACUCCUGCAAAUCUUAUUCGAACUUCUAUCGCGCCAUAAACUAGGCUCUUGUGUCCCUGUGUCUCACGACAAGGUUGUUGACUGGCUAUCGAUGGUUAUAAAUGCCCAGUUUACCUCAAUCUUGCUGGCUGAAGACAUACCACCACUCGUUAAACAAAUUUAUCAGACAGUCAGUUACCAGAUGGACACUUUUCGUGACUUCGAAGCCCUGGAACCAUUCCUGACGUAUUUAAAGCACACUUAUAAACUACCAAUGAUAGAGAAUGCGCCUGGAGCAUAUUGUGUCGAAAAGAUUCUUAUUUAGUUAAUGGUAAACUAUAAUUAGUUAACUGUAAAAAUAUCAGUUUUCAAAUAUAUUUGUUAGUGAAGAUUA